AGGUAGUGGAGAGUGUCUGGAACAUGGCUAUAUGUUGAACAGUCGGUACCAGGUGGUCUAUCCCUUUCCCACCUUCCAGCCUGCCUUCCAGCUGAAGAAAGACCAGGUGAUCUUCCUCAACACCUCCUAUUCCCUGGUGGCCUGCUCUGUGUCCCUCUGUCCAGCAGGUGAGCAGGGUCAUUCCUCUCAGAUCCUGUUCAGAAAGAGAGCCACAGCCCCCACCUUAGAACAUCAAAUCCCUCCAUCGCCCUCUUCAUCCUCUUCCUCUCACGGGUCUCCCGACAGCCGCCUGCAAACCGCCAAACCAAGCCCCGCCCCUCUUUCCCCUAGCCAAUUACAAGCUGCCGCCCGGGCGCGAGAGUUCGCUGCCGACCUCUUCAGACGUGCCCAGGGAGGAGGGAGAGAAAACGAGGGAGGGGAGAGGAGAGGGAAACCGGAGGGGAGCGAAGUAGGAGAGGAGGCCGUCGUGACUGAGAGAGAAGGGGUGAGCGUGGAGAGGGACAGAGAACAGAGGGAAGACGCACCGAUGGAUCAACUGACUAGCGCACCACAGACUUCCGCUUCAGCUGGGAACCAAAGUUUGUUGCGACCUUUGCAGGAGGACUCUAUUCAGUGUAGCGCGGUGACGUCUCCUGCCUCCUCUUCCUCCUCUUCCCCCCCCACUCAUGGUUCUCCUCAGGAAGCAGGCUGCAGCGAGCCGGGAUAUGUCAACUACACCCGCUUGCAGUACCGCAUGCCACAGCCGGGGGCGCCAGAGCAGGAUGCAGGAGGUUAUGAGGAUGAUAAGGUCCAGCUGCCCUUCACUGUGACUGACCUGAAGGGACGCAACCUACAGCUGGUCACUGGGCCCCACAACGGACAGAGUGUGUGUGUGGAGCAGUUGACUCUGGACUUUGAGUACCUGAUCAACGAGGUGAUCCGGAGCGAUGCCCGCUGGGCUGCUCAGUUCUGUUCCUUCAACGACUACGACGUUGUUAUACUGGAGGUGUGUCCAGAGACUAACACAGUGGUGAUCAACAUUGGGCUGCUGCUUCUGGCGUUCUCCAACCCUGAAGAGGAACACUGCAGGCCCAACACCUACCACUCCAGUCUGCAGGUGAGCUGGGACCUCAACACAGGAGUGUGUCACACCGUCGGGGUCGGUGACCUCACUGAGGUCAAGGGUCAGACCAGUGGCAGUGUAUGGAGUUCGUACAGGAAGUCUUGUGUGAACACAGUGAUGAAGUGGCUGGUUCCAGAGAGCAGCUCUCGUUACAUCAACCGCAUGACCAACGAGGCCCUGCACAAAGGUUCCUCUCUACAGGUGUUGGCUGACAGCGACCGGAGUACCUGGAUCAUACUAUGAGGGUCAACAGAGGGGUGUCCUGACACCAGAGGCCCGGACUGUCACACACACACACCGACACACACACCGACACACACCGACACACACACCGACACACACCCAUCCACACACCGACACACACCCAUCCACACACCGACACACACCCAUCCACACACCGACACACACCCAUCCACACACCGACACACACCCAUCCACACACCGACACACACCCAUCCACACACCGACACACACCCAUCCACACACCGACACACACCCAUCCACUCACCGACACACACCCAUACACUCACCGACACACACCCAUACACUCACCGACACACACCCAUCCACACACCGACACACACCCAUCCACUCACCGACACACACCCAUCCACUCACCGACACACACCCAUACACUCAGCGACACACACCCAUACACUCAGCGACACACACCCAUACACUCAGCGACACACACCCAUACACUCAGCGACACACACCCAUCCACUCACCGACACACACUCAUCCACUCACCGACACACACCCAUCCACUCAGCGACACACACCCAUACACUCACCGACACACACCCAUACACUCACCGACACACACCCAUACACUCACCGACACACACCCAUACACUCACCGACACACACCCAUACACUCACCGACACACACCCAUACACUCACCGACACACACUCACCGACACACACUCACCGACACACACUCACCGACACACACACACUCACCGACACACACUCACCGACACACACUCACCGACACACACUCACCGACACACACUCACCGACACACACUCACCGACACACACCCAUACACUCACCGACACACACCCAUACACUCACCGACACACACCCAUACACUCACCGACACACACCCAUACACUCAGCGACACACACCCAUACACUCAGCGACACACACCCAUACACUCAGCGACACACACCCAUACACUCAGCGACACACACCCAUACACUCAGCGACACACACCCAUACACUCACCGACACACACCCAUACACUCACCGACACACACCCAUACACUCACCGACACACACCCAUACACUCACCGACACACACCCAUACACUCACCGACACACACCCAUACACUCACCGACACACACCCAUACACUCACCGACACACACCCAUACACUCACCGAAACACACCCAUCCACACCCAUACACUCACCGACACACACCCAUCCACACACCCAUCCACUCACCGACACACACCCAUCCACACACCCAUACACUCACCGACACACACACCGACACUCACCGACACACACACCGACACACACCCAUCCACACACCCAUACACUCACCGACACUCAGCGACACACACCCACCCACUCAGCGACACACACCCAUCCACACACCGACACACAUACAGCAAGCCUGUUUAGCUGCUACAGUAACAGUCAUAGGAUCCCUCUCAAAUGGCACCCUAUUCCCUAUGUGGUGCACUACGUUUCCAUUAUGCCUGUGGUGAGAAGUCGUGCUCUAUAUGGGACCUUCAGACUCCACUCUGGACCUGGAAACCAGUUCCACUGUUCCCCUCUAAUCGGGGACUGAUUUAGACCUGGGACACCAGGUGUGUGUGAUUAAUGAUCAGGUAGACCAGAAAGCAGGCUGCGGACCUCGUAGGGUCAGAGUUGAAAACCCCUGAUUUAGGGAAUAGGGUGCCAUGUUGUCAUGACUCAGUUACGACAUGUCGCCAACUUGAAUCUGUGCACCUGCCUGUGUGUGUGUGAUGUUGUAGGAUGGAAGAAACGAGGCAUUGUGUUUUCCACAUCUUCUGUUUUUGUUUGACGAUAUAAUGUAACAUAAUUUGCACCUAUUGAUCCAGAGCUGGACUGAACAAAGAUGAUUUUACUGUGGGUUUUUAGUUUUGUUUGGUGUAAUUUUCCGUUUUAUGACUGUGUGUGAGAGAGAGAUAUGUGGUCCUCAUGCCUCCGAGAUUCUGCUGCUGUUCUCGGAACCUAAAGGCCACUCCUCUAAACCAGCUUUGUCCAGUUCGAUCUGGUUUGAUCCAGGUCGGAAUCUCCAUGUCUGUCUGACUGCAACAGGGCCUUCACAUGAACCGGAACCAAUCCUGUUAUUUGUCGCUCUGGAGGGACUGACGUUCCCCCUCGGUACAGAUCUAGGAUCAGCUUCCCAUCCCCCAAUCCUAACCAUUAGUGGGGGGGAAAUGGUAAACUGACCGCAGAUCAGUGUCUAAGGGCAACUUCACCAUCAUGUCUCUUAUUUUACCGUUGACAGAUUUCUUCUUGGUUGCGUCCAAAAUGGCUCCCUAUCUAGUGCACUACGUUUUGUCCAGAGCCUCAAACUCUCAUAGGGCUUUGGUCAAAAGUAGUGCACUACAUAGGGAGUCAGUUCAGAUCGUCCCCUUUAUAAAUGUAUUUGUAUGUGAUGGAGUUAACUUUCCCAGAUUUACUGCCUAGUCCUUCAUCCCAGAAAUCUUUUUUCAAGGAAAGUUACAACCCUAGAUGGAGCAGAGGCUUAUGGGAUAUGGAGUUAAGCAAGCCUGUCAUUAUCUGGUUGUAUUUUAAGAUUGGAAGGAGAGAGCAUGGUUCACUUGAUUAUUUUUUGAUAAAAAUAAAUUGAAAGAUUCACCUUG